CCCCUUCCAAAGAAAUGUUGUGAUUGCAGUUUGUCUGCAUUGUGAAAGAACGCUCCACGUCACGAUACCUGGUAGUAUUCGUUACUGUGGGGCGGAAGGUGUCAUUUAACACGAGCUGCACAGCUUUAGACAACGUUGACAUCUGACGUCAGACUACAACGUGUUAUAUUUAGCUUUUGUUCUGUGGGUUUCUCGGGUCGCAUCAUGGGACGAAUGAGGAACUCACCUGUUGUGCGUGGGAACGCAGCGUACCUGGGGCCGGUGAGAAGAAAUCAGAAUGACUGGUAUUUAAGAAAGCAUGAAUGGCUUCGUGGGAACUUACCUUCAGACUAAUAAUUCAUGUUGUACAUUGUGGAUUGUUCACUGCGUUCCAGUGGUGGAUAAACUAUUCAAAUGAUUAACUUAAGUUAAAGUAAUACGGCAGUAUGGUAAUAUAAAAGUAAAAAAAUAUAAGAUUCAUAACGCAGAGGGGCUACUCUGGUUAAACUAGUAUUGAAUCAUUUCAUUUAAAUAUUAACACUGAAUCUUAGUCGUACUUUGUCACUGUCUUUGGUGAGCUUAUUUUUAACUACUUUCUAUACAUUUGGUAGUUUAAUCAGUCACAAUGGACCACAUUUUAACUGAUUUUUAUUUUGAGGACAUGACUCUUUAAUGUCUGAUCAUUUGAUGGGAAGGGAUGUGUGUGUAUGUAUCACUGAAGAAUAUACAUUAUUUUGUAUAAAUCUAUACUUAUAUGUAUGUCACACUGCAUUUAAAUACAGCAGACUUGGUCAUGAACACACCACUGAGGUCACUGUACGAGUAGUGGUGUUUUUUUUCUUCUUCCUUUUCGUGCGGAUGGCGUGUUAUCGCGAGGAACUCUAAAUCUCAAGAGACGAAGUGAAGCGAGAGUUUCUCUCUUUUUUUUUAUACGUUGACGCUUAUGGGCCGACACAGAAAGAGGAGACGUCUGCAGGCUCUUUUUGGGCUCAAUUGGAAUCGAGACUACUUCUAUCCGCAAUUUAAAAUCACCGUGUAUGUGCGUGUGGAUCAAACCUAGCAGCGCGUUGACGGCGCCGCGCGUUGCACAUCUGGAACCCCUGGAAUCCCUCCUCUCUUUCAGCACCUGGACAGCUCCCCGCUAGUGAACCUCUGCUCGUUAUUUCUUUUUUUCUUUUUUUUCCGAGCACAUGGAGUCCCCGUUGUGAUUGUGGGGGGAAGCCCUGCGAGCGCAUUGUGCCUCUCCCCAGCCGAAGAUGUCGUUGCCCCCCUGAUUCGGAGACGGCGCGUCGUCUCCUCCGCUGAAGGAUGCUGCCUCCGGUCCGGAGGAGGUGUUUUCGUCGUGCGCUGUCUUCUGAGAGGCGAUACGGUUGCUCGGCCAACGCAAAAUUUAAGGGGAAUCGCAGCCUACACACAGCAAGAUCCGAGCUUCUCUCGCGCCGACCCUCAUCAUCAUCAUCAUCAUCAUCAUCAGCGUGAAGGGAGAUAUUACCCACAUCACUGCGAGGGCGAAGGAGUCACGACCACACUUAACACAAUGUAGGAAACAUACGAGGUGUGGUAUGACCCAGGUCUCUGCAGUGGUGAACUCUCAUUUCGCACUUGGGGACAUUUAGUGUGGACGUCUGUUUGCAGCAACAAGACCUCAACAUGAGCAACCACCCGGCUCCUCCCAAGGCCGCAGCCUCCGAGCUGGAGGUGAUCUCCAUGCAGGUGGAGGAAGACAACCAGGGCGCUGCACCUGUCCAGCUGGUCAGCUUUGCCUACAGAGACUUGCCGUUGGCCGCCCUGGACAUAUCCCUCGCUGGAUCGCAGCUCAUCUCCAACCCGGACGAAGAAGACAACAGAGACGGGUCGAACUGGCUGAAGCCGUGCUGUGGGCGAAGGGCCGCGCUGUGGCAGGUCUGCCUGCUGUCGGCGGGCUCCAACUGUUUCCUGGUGGCCUGUGUCAUUCUGGUGGUGGUGCUGCUGACGCUGGAGCUGCUCAUAGACAUCAAGCUGCUGCAGUUCAAUAAUGCAUUCCACUUUGCAAGCAUCAUCCACUGGAUCAGCCUGGCUGUUCUCUCUGUGUUCUUCGCUGAGACGGUGUUCAGGAUUGUGGUGUUGGGGAUAUGGGAUUACAUAGAGAACAAAGUAGAGGUGUUUGAUGGAGCUGUCAUCGUCCUAUCUCUGGCCCCCAUGGUGGCCUCCACAGUGGCGAACGGCCCCAGCAGCCCCUGGGACGCGAUCGGUCUCAUCAUCACGCUGCGCAUCUGGAGGGUCAAGAGGAUCAUCGAUGCCUAUGUGUUGCAAGUGAAGGUUGAGAUGGAGAUGGAGAUCCAGCAGUCUGAGAAGGCGAAGGCAAUGAGGGAAGAACAGCUGGACCGUCUCACCCAGAUCUGCCAGGAACAGGCCUUUGAAAUCCGGCAGCUGAGAGCCCACCUGGCCCAGCAGGACCUGGAUCUGGUAGCAGAGCGGGAGGCAGCCAUGCAGAUCCACCACAUGUGGGGUAAACAGAGCAGCAGUUUCCAGGAGGUGGACGGGGUGGCCUCCGGGGCCUCAGAGCACCACGGGCCAGUUAAUGCAAGAGAGCCCGGGGUUGCUGCAGUUCACCACGGUCAGGAUGACAUGAACAACUACAUCAGCCAGUACUACAGUGAGCCGAGCAGCGACAUGGGGAUCCCGGACCCCGCGCGAGUCCUCAUCACCACAGCGGCCAUCGACGUGCACCUGCCCAACAACUCCAGCCAGCUUCCCUCCACCCUGGUGAGCGCGGACGCAGUGUCGUGCGGCCGCUUGCGGCGCACCGGCAGCUCCGUCAGCGAGGCGUCCACCACCCCGGCGUCCCGCAGCAGCUUCGGCGUCCGGCAGCACAGCGUCAGCAGCCACACGCUGGGCUCCACCACGGAUUGCAGCUCCACGGUGCGCGAGGCCUCCACCUCCACGGACUACAGCGACCAGCGGUGCUACCCGCCGCCGUACAGCAGCCCGCUGGCCCUGGGCGGCGCUCAGGCGCGGCGGGGCAGUCCCUGCGCCGUGAUGCAGGAGCUGCUGUCCACGCUUUCCGAGAACACCCGUCUCGCCCAGAAGGGCCUGGACCCGGUCAACUUUAAGCCGCCGAGCCCGGCGGGUUCCGCCAAGGCCAGCCCCGAGCACAGGGUGAACCUCUUCAACAAGAGGAACCAGGAGAGCCGGGUCGGGCUGCACUCCAGGCCUCUCAUCCAUCUGCAGGGCACAGAGCCCUCCCUGGAGGAGAAGUACAGGAUGAUGGAGCCGGGAGAUCAACCGGUCAACCGUCUGUCAGAGACAUAGGACAUACUGGACUGUUGGGUCCUGGUGGGACGGAGAGGGUAGGACUGGUACUUGCCAGAGCAGCACAAAAGCAGAGGACACAGAGAAAGCUAAUUUGUUAUCAGGAAACAAUUAUCAGGAAUCGACACAAAAAAAAAAAAUGUUUUCUGAAACAUUUACCAAAAGAAACUAAACUCACCUUCUUGAUGGGACUGCUGCAGGGUAUUGGAUCAGUCGCAUCUUCUUUCCAAUCUUUGUCUUUCUAUAUUAGCAAUGUUACAUUUUGUAUCUGUAGUUGAGUAAAAAGAGUGUGGCAGACUUUUGGGAGUUUUUAUCCAGGUGCAAUGACUGGAAUGGUUUAAGAUUUUGCUAAAUGAUAUCCCACACAUAUUGAAUUAAUUGGAACGGGGUUGUUACAGACAGAAAAACUGAGGGACUUAAGGUGGAGCAACACUAAAAUGUCAAAAGAAGAUAUAGCAUGAACCAUCAAGAUUUGUCCCGUCGACAGACAUUUUCUAUCUUGAUUGUAGAAAGACGCCAUUGCGAAAUAAUUCUAAUAAAGACAAAACAGUCAAAUGUCA